CGAACAUCAACAAAUACGACAAUGGAACAUGAGCGGUGUUACGUAUAUCAGCCACCCGAGACUGAAGAGAGGGCACCCAAGCGUCAACGUGUCGAUAAAUCCCUGUUUCAACCACAGCUGAAAGAACGGUUACAAAUCUAUCGCGACCUGUGGGCUGAGCAAGAACAACGCAUUCAAACCACUCUCGAAGAAGCAGACAGCGCCACGCAGGAGCAAAUUGUUGAUUUCGUCUCAGCAUCAGGAUCAUCACUAGAUGAGCCCAAGUUUGCCAUACCGACAGGUCUUGUUGUCGCAGGACCAAGUAUCGCAUCUCAUGGACCCUAUUUUGAGCGAUUGGGGCGAAAGAUCAGAUCUGAUACGGAGAGCGCAUACAUUCUGCUGAGUUCCGGUGAAUGUCCCAAUCUAAAAACACUGCUCAAGAACCUCAUCAAGAAGGCGACAUCACGCAUCGAGGAUGAAGACGACGAUGAUUUGGAGCAAUCAAGUAGACCUUCGAGACAUGGUCCAAAGCUGCUAAACUACGACCUUCGGCACAUCCAGGAUUGGCGGAAGAAGAAUCGAGUGUCGAGCGUUGUUGUUACCAUACAAGACAGCGAAGCGUUCGAUGCUGGGUUGCUGAUAGAUCUGAUUGAUCUGCUUCACUCUUGGCUGGAUCGCAUCCCAUUCGUGCUCCUGUUUGGUAUCGCUACUUCUGCAGACAGCUUCGAAGACCGCUUGGCUGGGCAAUCUCUUCGAAAUCUGGAAGGCGAAAGAUUCGACGUCACGCAGUCCGACGACAUUGUCGAGAAGCUAUUCAGCGCAACCGUCGCGAGCCUCGACAAUCGCUUGUUCAUCGGUCCACAGCUGUGCCGGCGCAUGCUAGACCGGCAGAAAGACUAUGUGCAGAAUGUGCAGGACUUUUGUGAUGGCCUCAAAUAUGCGUACAUGUCACAUUUCUACGCCAGCGUUCCAAGCAUCUUCUUGAAUCAUAAACUGAGGUUCGAGGACCUACAAGCCGAUGCUAUUGAAGCAGUGCGGAACCUACCAUCUUUCCGUCGGCAUAUCGAAAACCUACAUGAACAAGACUCUUUUUCCCGCCAGUUGGUCCGCGAAUUGCUUGAGGCAGACCAAGUAGUAUUCAAAGAGCUCCAAUAUUCGACUACUUCAGCUCAAGAGGAGUUGUCAGUCUUGAACCACGCAGCACAGGUACUCUUCAGCAUCCGGGAAGCCCUUCAGAUGACACCAAGAGUCAAAGCUUCUAUAAUAUGGAUACGGGCAGCGUCUGCAGACCUCCUGGACUCACCCCUUCUCCGCGAAACAAUGCUAACUCUCAAAAAGACUCCGUCUGACAAGUUUGCGAAAUUGCUAUCGACCUUGAGUAACUUGUCGGAUAAAAAGGAUAUGAUGUAUGAUAAAGGAAGCAAGCAAGGCCGUGAUUCCAUGGACGUGAGCGGGAUCAAGAAAGAGUUCGACAGCAUUCUCAAACAGCAAGACGCUUCUACUCCUCUCCGCACGGAACACGACGUCCGCAGCGAUAGCGUUCGCGCAACAGUUGUUGCGCAGAAAGUGCUUCUAAGCAAGCACAAAGCAGCACUCUCAAAGCAAGAUCAAGCUUAUUCUGAUCUAGUCACGCGCCUACACAACCAGCUGGAAUCAUUUUUCAAGAUAGCCCUUAUCGAUCUGCAGAUAUUGCCAUACUCUGAGGUCUUUACAUAUGACCUCAAAUCGCCCCACCUCGAGGUCUUCCAGCCUAAGCCACGAUUCUCCGUUGAGCGUGCCAUGGCCUCCCCCCAUGACUACCUCAACUGCGAUUGCUGUAGUGCAGUCGAUGGAAAGGAGUCGGCCCUUGGUGCUAGGCAGCCAGCGACUGCGAUUGUUUACCAGAUGUACCUCGAGUCGGGAGCUUUAGUCAACGUGACCGAUUUGUGGUCAGCAUUCAAAGCAAUCGCUGGGGACGAAGACGAUGGCGACGAGUCGAAGACCAUGGCGCUUUUCCAGCGAGCUCUUGCGGAGCUCAGAUACCUGGGUCUUCUUAGACCGACCAAGAAGAAGACCGACCAUGUCGCCAAGGUCAUGUGGAAGGGUCUAUAA